GUGUAGACGAAUAGAGAGCUACGCACAAAGCCCCGCUAAGCCUGGGCGGGCUAGUCAAGGUAGGUGGAGCGGGCCGUUCGCAUGGUAACCAGGCAGCGCGCGGAGCAGAACCGGUCCGCGCUUUGAAGUACCGCCGUCUCGUGGGUACGUCUGUGGAGAGAGACUUCAGCCUCCGUGAGGGAACAGCCAUGGCGUCUGCCAGUGACAUCGGGGAGAAGCUCCGCAAGAAGCGGCGAGCGUUCCAGGAAUCUCUGGGAAGCGCCAUGAGGCGGACCAGCAGGCUCUGGUGCCCCACGGCAGCGAGGAGCGGGUCCGCAGGCCACUGGAGGUCGGACCUGACGGCGGCGGAGGAGGACCCCGGGGAGACCCUGAGGAGGCAGAUGAAGGCCCAGAGACAGAGGCGCAAGAAGAAGCUCCAGGAGGUGGGCUCCGUCUCCGGAUCAGGAGAACGGGUGGAGGAGAGGAGCCAGCACCGCCCCCACGAGGAGCAGAAGCAGGAGGUGGAGGAGGUGGAGGAGGUGGGGGCGUCCAGGAGGAGAGGCCUGGCGCCGCUGGUGGUCUCCAGACCUCCCCCCGGACCCCAGGCCGCUGUGUCUCCGCCUCCCAGCUCCAGCCAAUCAGAGCGGGUCGUAGACACGCCCAGCUCCAGCCGCUCGGACCAGUCCAUGAGGCAGCGAAUGAGAGAGAAGCUCAGAGCCGCCAGGAGUAAAGCAGAGAGCUUCCUGCAGCAGGAGGCCUCCAUGGAGCCUGGGAGUCGCCUACAGAGCCUCCGAGACCGGGACCCUCUCACCAGGUUCGACCGGCAGUGUGGCUGGCACGGCGACGGGCCGCGCUGUACCCCCGUGUGGCUGCCUCGCACGGCGACGGGCCGCGCUGUACCCCCGUGUGGCUGCCUCGUCCGGGCCUACGGGGGACCCAGACCACCCCGGGCCCAGCGAGGCUCCACCUCCACCGGCCCCGCCACCACGCCCCGAGAGCCGGCCAGACGGGGGGAGAAAGGACGGCCGACGGCGGAGGAGUCCUACAACUUCUUCACCUUCAACUUCGACCCGGAACCCGAGGAAGGAACCGACGAGAAGUCGAGGAGGAAGAGGAAGAAGAAGAAGAUGGCGGCUGAGGAAGAGGGGGAGGAUGAUGACGAGGAGGAGGAGGCAGAGAGGGAGGGGGAAGGGGCCAGCGAGGAGGAGGAGUAUGAACAGGACGAGGAGGUGCCCCUGGUGAGGGAGGAGGAGGAGGAGGUGUUUAUCAUCGACCAGUCGUCCCAGGACUUCCUGGAGGUGAGGAGGGCGGACUACCUGGGCUACCAGUCCCGCCUCCUCCGGGACUCUGGCCUGCUCUUCAUGCCCAGCCUGCUGACAGUGCCGUCGUCGAGGAAACUGCCUGACGACGCCCAGCCCAGGUACCUGGAGGAGGAGGGGCUGUACGUGGGGGAACGGCCCCCGGUCACCCCUAGCAACGAGAACAUCCUGGAGAACCGGGUCCUGAAGCAGGAAGAGGGCCGGCGCUGGUUCGGGGACGACGGGCGGAUCCUGGCGCUGCCCGACCCCAUCAAGGAGUCGUCCACCAGACCUCCUCUCUUCCUAUUGGAGGAGGAGCUGGACCCCGCCCUGCACACCGUCUACCACAAGGCUGUGAUGUCCCAGCAUGCCGUGCGGGGGGCGGGGCCCCAGGGCGAGUACCAGCUGGACGUGGACGUGUCGGGGCUCAUCUUCUCCCACCACCCCCUCUUCAGCCGCGAGCACGUCCUCACGGCGCGUCUGGCCCAGAGCUACGACCUGCACCUCAGCAGGGGGAGGGGCAACCUCAGCCUGCACCUCACCCACAAGCUGGACGGUCUGAGGUCCGCCCUGCGCCGCAUGCUGGAGGGUCCCGGCGGGGGGGCCCUCACGCCCGCCAUGCGGCGGCGGGUGUCGGAGUACCGCUUGGAGGUCAGGAACACGCGGCUGCUGCGGGACGGGGAGCUGGAGAAGGACCGCGCGCUGCUCAGGAACAUGGUGAAGCUCUGGAAGGAGGUCAAGGCUCUGAGGGAGCUGCAGCGCUACUCCAACACGCCCUACAAGCUCUGCCUCCGCAGGGAGGAGGUGGAGCGAGCUCUGGACGAGCAGCAGUACGAGGAGGAGGUGCUGAUGGAGGUGAUGGAGCAGGAGACGGAGAGCGAGGAGCUGUACCAGAAGAGGCUUGGUGCCUACAGGGAGCAGCUGGAGGAGUGGAAGGUCUGGAGGAGGCAGCAGAAAGCCAAGCAGCAGAAGAAGAAGCAAAAGAGGAAGAAGAGGAGGAAGAAGAAGAGAGGUCAGUCUGUGGACGACACGGAAGACGAUGAAGAAGACGACGUGGAUGACGAAGAUGAGGGUGAACAGGAAGUGAGCGACGCAGAGGGGGAGGAGGGGCCGCCCAGACCCGAGGCCCCGGAGAGGCCGGACCUCGGGGCUCUGGAGGCGCGGGUCCGGGAGAAGGCCUCCAGGAUCCGGAGGAAACCCGGAGAACCUCUCCUCGUCCCGGAGCUGACGGUGGCCGGGAACAUCACCCCCAACGACCAGGUCCCCAGGGCGGAGCUGGCGCGGCGGGAGGAGGUGCUGCGGCGCCACCUGCUGGUCAAGGUGCUGUACAACGAGAAGGAGGUGUCCCAGACGGACCGCCGCGCCCUGGGCCCCGACUUCAGGGUCCACUUCGGACAGAUCUUCAACCUCCGGGUCCGCAACGCCCCCGAGAGCAUCAGGCUGCAGGUGUUUGAGGAGGUGGGCUCGGCGCCCUCCCUCCUGGCGGGGGUGUGUGUCCCGGUCCCGGAGCCCUCGGUGCUGACGGGCCGGACCCCCACAGAGGAGCUGGAGUUCAGCAGCAACCAGAGGGUCCUGUUCUCCCACGAGGGCGUGGGCAGCGACGUCCCCUUCUCCUUCCAGGAGGACGGGGGGAACCGGCAGACCCUGCUGACCUCGGGUAAGAUGGCGUGCUGUGUGUCCUGGGGCAGGGGGGAGGAGGACACGCCCCUGGCCCCGCCCCCCACACAGCCCCCCCCCGGGGCCCUGCACAGGGGGUGCGGGGACCCCUUCCCCGGUAUGGGGGCGUCCGGUCUGGGGGACCUGAGGAGGAUGGGGGAGUGGGCGGCCGAGUCGCGCCUGGACCCCAACGACCCCCAGAACACGGCCGUCAUGCAGCUGCUCAAGGUGGCGAGCAGUGGGGAGGUGACCGCUCCGGAGUACUUCCGUCUGGAGCAGCUGCAGGAGGAGUUUAACUUCGCCACGGAGGAGGAGCUGGAGCGCUCCAGGAGGUUCAGGCUCCUCCGCCUGAGGAGCCAAGAGGUGUCGGAGUUCCGCAACUACAGAUGUGUUCCGUCGCUGGAGAGGGAGGUCACCGACAAGACGUUCCAGGAGUACGAGCGGAGGCUGAGGGAAGGAGACAUCGUGGACACCAGAGAACACCUGGACUCCCACAGAGCUCUGGUGGCCAAGUACCUUCAGAAGAUCAGGGAGUCGGUGAUCAACCGGUUCCUGGUGGCCAAGCACCACUAUCUGCUGUCAGACCUCGUCAUGGAGGAGCAGGUCCCCAGCAUCGGCAUCCUGGGGCUGAACCUGUUCAAGCUUGCCGAGCCCAAGCGGCCGCUGAAGCCGCAGCGCAAGGAGAGGAAGAAGGUGACGGCGCAGAACCUGACGGACGGAGACAUCCGGCUGCUGGUCAACAUCAUCAGGGCCUACGACGUGCCCGCACGCCGCCCCUUCAGCAGCAGGCCGCCGGCCAGGCCGGGGGGCCCCUCCUUCAGCGAGUCGUUCGCCGCCCCCCCGCCUCAGACCCCCGCCCAGGGCAGCGAUUGGCUGCUGAGCCAGGUCAGACCCUUCGUGGAAGUGUCCUUCCAGAGGACGGUCCUCCAGACGUCCCCUGCUGAGGGGCCAAACCCCUGCUGGAACCAGGAGCUGGAGCUCCCCUUCAGCGCUCUGAACGGGGACUACAGCACCACGGGGCUGCAGGCCGUGAAGGACGUGGUCUUCAUCAACCUUUUCGACGAGGUGCUGCAGGAGCUGGGAGUGGACGACGCGGAGGGCGGGCGGUCGAUCCACACCCGGGUGGAGCGCCACUGGCUGGGCUCCGUCAAGAUCCCCUUCAGCACCAUCUACUCCCAGGCCCGGAUCGACGGGACCUUCAAGGUGGACACGCCGGCGGUGUUGCUAGGCUACAGCAAGGAGCGCAGCCAUGGCGACGGCGGCGGCUACGACACAGUGCGCAGCCUCAGCGAGGGAACCUUCCUCACCGUCUUCAUCACCAUGGAGCCGCAGCUGGUGCCUGGAGACACCGUCAGGGAGAAGCUAAAGGACGAGAAGUUUGACAGCCAGGAGGAGGAGCGUCUGCUGCUGGCGUCGGAGCGGUUUGAGAAGGAGGCGGGGCUUAGCUUCCCCGACCGGCCCUGCCUCACCUCCGUCAUCGACAUCAGCGGCAAGACGGUGUUCAUCACGCGCUUCAUACGGGCCCUCAACCCCCCCCCAGAGCUGCUGGACGCCUUCCCCAACCCGCAGGACGCCACGGACCUGGUGGCCCGGUUCGUGUCCCUGGUCCCGUCGCUCCCCGACAGCACCUCCUUCUCCGGGGCCUGCGACCUCUGGAGCACCAGCGACCAAUUCCUGACGCUGCUGGCGGGCGACGAGGAGGAACACGCUGUGCUGCUCUGCAACUACUUCCUGUCCAUGGGGAAGAAGGCGUGGCUUAUCAUCGGCACCGCCAUACCCGAGGGCCCAACGGCGUACGUCCUGACCCUGGAGCAGAGCCGCUUCCUGAUCUGGAACCCCAGCAGCGGCCACCACUACGGGCAGCACGACACCUUCUGCCCCCUGCAGGCCGUGGGGUGCCUGGUCAGCGCCGACAACGUGUGGUUCAACAUCCAGGAGCACGCCUCCCCCAUGAGGAUCAGUCUGGACGUGGGGAAGGCCCACCUCUGGAAGCCCUUCUUCUCCCGCUCCUUCCCCCACCCCGGCCUGGCCAGCGUCCAGCCCCCGGAGCUGGUCUACCGUCGCUCAGACCGGGCCGCCGCCGCAGAGCUCCAGGAGAGGAUGGAGAAGGUCCUGAAGGAGAAGCUGAUGGAGUGGCGGCCACGGCAGCCCACCCGCUGGAACCGCUACUGCACCUCCACGCUGCGCCACUUCCUGCCCCGGCUGGAGCUCAGCGGGGGGCGCGACCCGGACGACCAGCACCGCCUGGAGCUGCAGGCCCUGCUGGGGGACUACCGGAUCUCGGGGUUCCCCCUCCACCUGCCGUUCUCCGAGCUGCGCCCGGUGGUGGAGGCGGUCUUCAGCACGGGGGUCCACAGCGCGGAGGCCUCCAACGUGGAGUUCGCCCUGGCCGUGUACGUCCACCCCUACCCCAACAACGUGCUCUCCGUCUGGGUGUACCUCGCCUCACUGCUGCGCUGCAGGUAGCCCGGUUGGCCCCGGGCUGCUUCCACACACAAGAGAGCAUUAAUGCUACACUGCUGCUUUUAUACAUGUUACUUACUGUAGGCCUAUGCUAGCACUCGCGCUGCUGUACUGCUUUUACACAGCGCUAGCACUAGCAUUACCACACUACUUUGUUUAGCGAUAGCAUUACUGUACUGCUUUUACACAGCGCUAGCACUAGCAUUACCACACUACUUUGUUUAGCGAUAGCAUUACUGUACUGCUUUUACACAGCGCUAGCACUAGCAUUACCACACUACUUUGUUUAGCGAUAGCAUUACUGUACUGCUUUUACACAGCGCUAGCACUAGCAUUACCACACUACUUUGUUUAGCGAUAGCAUUACUGUACUGCUUUUAUACAGCGCUAGCACUAGCAUUACCACACUACUUUGUUUAGCGAUAGCAUUACUGUACUGCUUUUACACAGCGCUAGCACUAGCAUUACCACACUACUUUGUUUAGCGAUAGCAUUACUGUACUGCUUUUACACAGCGCUAGCACUAGCAUUACCACACUACUUUGUUUAGCGAUAGCAUUACUGUACUGCUUUUACACAGCGCUAGCGCUAGCACUAGCACUGCUGUUGUACAGCGAUAGCGCUAACGUUACUGCACUGCUUCUGUAUGUGACAUUAGCAUCAUGUUAUAAUGCUAAUAGCCACCAGGGGGCGUUCCUAACGUUAUUGCUUUUAUAUACCAAGGGUUUCUUUUUUAUAACAUUUUAACCACCAACUAGCAAGAGUAUAUUUUGUGCGAGUUUCAGGACAGAUUAUUUAUAAUAAUGUAUGAUUGGGUUCUCAUAACCUCACAUCAUGUGUAAACAUUGUUUUUCUAAACGUAUUGCUUUUUAAUAUAGUUGUGUAUACCACA